AUGCUUGUGGAGGAAACCAAUCGUUAUGCAGCGCAACACAAUAUCGCAAUAUGUUGCGAUAAAUAUUUAAUUCAGCGUUUUAUUGGAGUACUCCUAUUUUCUGGAUAUCAUCAUGUGCCAAAUGUAAAAUUAUAUUGGAGCAUGGAUCCAGCGUUUGGAAUACCAAUCAUACGACAAACAAUGACGCGUAAUACCUUCCUGCGGCUAAAAUCAAAUUUCCAUAUCGCAAAUAAUGACACCUUGUCAAUGGCUGACAAAUUUGCAAAAGUGCGGCCAUUGUUCAAAAUGCUAAAUGAACGUUACAUACAAUUUGGUGUCUGGGCGGAGCAUUUAUCAAUCGAUAAAACCAUGGUACCAUACUUUGGUCGACGCUCUGCUAAAAUGUUUAUUCGUGGCAAACCAAUACGUUUCGGUUAUAAGCUAUGGACCCUUUCUUCGGAUAGUGGGUAUAUCUUCCAGUUUCUGCCGUACUCCGGUGCAACUGACAAAUACGACAAACAAUUGGGAAUCGGUGCAUCUGUUGUAAUGGAAUUAUUGAACCACUGUGAGCAUCCAUUGCAACAUACCGUUCACUUCGACAAUUUUUUCACAUCGCAUUAUUUAUUGUGCUUGUUGAAAGAACGUGGUUUCUGUGCAUCUGGUAAAGUUCGCUCUAAUCGCAUUGCUGGUGCCACAUUGAAAACAGGCAAGAAACUCAAAGGGCAGGUCACAUUACAGAAAUAUGAAUCAGAUUUUUUGUACGAUAAGACGAAUAAUAUAUUGGUAGUUCGUUGGAUCGACAAUUCCGAAGUCACUAUCGCAACUAAUUAUGAUUCCGUUGAACCCAUAGUAAAUGUGCAACGCUAUAGCAGAGAAAAGAAAAAAAACAUUUGUGUCCCACAGCCUCAAGUUAUUAACAGCUACAACCGACACAUAGGCGGCGUCAAUUUACAUGAUAAAGGAGUUGUUAAUUAUCGUAUCGCGAUUAGAGGCAGAAAGUGGUGGUGGCCAUUAUGGGUACAGUUUUUAGAUAGCGCUGUUGUAAAUGCUUGGAAGCUACAUUGCUUUGCCGCUGCUUCUAACAACACAAAACCGAUGCCUCUGCUAGAUUUCAAGAACUUCAUUGCCAGAAACCUUCUUCUUGCAUCAGAGGACUCAGUGUUCAUUACAGAAGCUACCGUUUACGAUGACUUGAAAAAAGAAAAUCACAGUGCAUCAGAAGAUGUUUAUCUUCCUGGAAAUUUACCACGUGUAACCGGUAUGCACGCUCCCACAAAAACUCGAAAUCGCCGUCGCUGUAUUGUUUGUACACCAAAAGCCACAGUUUUCACAUGUGAAAAGUGCAAUGUGCAUGUUCAUGUAGAAAAUUGCUUUAAAACUUUCCAUGAAAAUAAGCAAUAUUACAUUGAUCGUAGACAACGACGCAAGUAA